AUUUGCAGACGGUCCCUGUGCGCUCGUCUUACAACCGGCUGCGCGUAGACACCAAUGUUAUCUCUGCGGCUUGAAUAACAGCUACUUUUGACACAACUAUGCUUUUAGCACAUUGUCUACCUCACAGCGAUAGGAAAGAGGCACCGUAUAUGUUUUGACAACGUAUAUCUAAUGAGUUAUUGAUACAGGAAGUCUGAAUCUAUGAAUAUCUUUCCAACUUUAUCGAACUGAUUACGGUCUGCGGUAGCGUUUGCCGUGUGGUUCACAGGCUUUAACGAUGAGAGGACAACGGAGCUCACAUUCUCUGUCUAUAAUGAUGUUCUUAAUCGUAUUGUGGCAGGCACGGUCUAAAGCAGACUCUAAUUUCACACGCAACUCCAAAGACAUUACAACCUUCACCAAGAUCCUGGACAGCCUUCUGGAUGGAUAUGACAACCGACUGAGGCCUGGCCUGGGAGAUCGAGUAACACAAGUGAAGACAGACAUCUAUGUCACCAGUUUUGGACCAGUAUCUGACACAGAUAUGGAGUACACUGUAGACGUUUUCUUCCGCCAGAGUUGGAAGGAUGAGCGAUUGAAGUUCCAUGGACCAAUGAACAUUUUGCCUCUCAACAACCUAAUGGCUAGUAAGAUCUGGACCCCUGACACGUUCUUUCAUAAUGGCAAGAAAUCUGUGGCCCACAACAUGACCAUGCCCAAUAAACUACUUAGAAUCAUGGAGGAUGGAACCUUGCUCUACACUAUGAGGUUAACAGUUCAAGCUGAGUGUCCCAUGCACCUGGAGGAUUUUCCCAUGGACUCUCAUUCAUGUCCUCUCAAGUUUGGCAGUUAUGCCUAUACUAAGACCGAGGUUACUUACAUCUGGACUAGAAAUGCUUCCCAGUCUGUGGAUGUGGCAGCUGAUGGAUCAAGACUGAACCAGUAUGACUUGCUGGGCCAAUCUGUGGGGAAGGAGACCAUAAAAUCCAGCACUGGUGAAUACACAGUCAUGACAGCUCACUUCCAUUUGAAGAGAAAGAUUGGUUACUUUGUAAUCCAGACAUAUCUGCCCUGCAUCAUGACAGUAAUCCUGUCCCAGGUCUCUUUCUGGCUCAAUCGAGAGUCUGUGCCAGCUAGAACGGUCUUUGGUGUAACAACAGUCCUUACAAUGACAACUUUGAGUAUUAGUGCCCGUAAUUCACUGCCCAAGGUGGCCUAUGCUACUGCAAUGGACUGGUUCAUUGCUGUCUGCUACGCCUUUGUCUUCUCUGCGCUCAUUGAGUUUGCUACUGUCAACUACUUUACCAAGCGAGGCUGGGCCUGGGAUGGAAAGAGUGUCAUCAAUGAAAAGAAAAAGGACGCAACUGUCAUGAAGAAGAACAAUGCUUAUGCUGUAGCUGUGGCUAACUAUGCUCCCAGCAUCACAAAAGACUCUACAUUACCCACCAUCUCCAAGUGUGUUCUAAAUGAUCCCAACAAGACCACAGCAGAGACAAAGCCAGAGCACAACAAGAAAACUUUUAACAGCGUCAGCAAGAUCGACCGCAUCUCCCGCACCAUGUUCCCUGUGCUGUUUGGGAGCUUUAAUUUGGUCUACUGGGCCACUUACCUGAACAGAGAACCAGUCAUUAAAACCCAAGUCCUUCCAAAUGAAAUGUGACUUCUCUAACCACAGAGACUUCUCUAAUCACAGCCUGUUCUGGAUUCAUAUAUGUACUGGUGUUAUUAUUGUUUCCCCAGUUUGCUAGCUGUAUACAUGCAGGGAAAAUAUCUUUCUUUUCUUUCAAUUUUGGGUCAUUUCAAGUUGACAUCAGGGCUGGGUUAGACUACACUUGAGAACUAAAAAUCAGUGAAUAAACAGUGAAAGAUUGCAAAAACAAAAUAGAAUUUCUAAAUAUGGGCUCACUGAUUAUUUUAUCUGGUAAUAAUAGAAAAAAAAACACUACAUAAACUGGCAAUGUUUAAUGCUGCACUACACUCAGAGUGAUGAACAUACAGAGAAUUAUCUCUGCGCUGUAGUUCACCUGAUGUCUACAGAGCUUUUCACCCUUUUCCCAAUUUUUGGCAUAUGCACUGUCAUAUAAUGACACUAAAGGCUUUGAUUUGAUUUAGUUUUGAGUCCAAAAACAUUUCUGUUUUGGUUCAGCACCGGCACUCAAUCUGGUACGGAUUGGAUUCCUCAAGAGCACGAUACAGUUUUCAGUUUGAAAUUCUGACCUUUAAUUAAAAGUUUCUAUAAAUGUUGUCAAAUGAAUUUUACUUACUCCACUAACAGAAUUGUCUUUAUUUGUGAGUGUAUUCAUUUUUUGAAAUGCAUUUAUUAAUUUGAUUGUUUCUCAGAAAUGUCACUACAUAAUGAAUAAUUUAUAUUCAUGCAAUAGUAAAGGAAUCAUUGUGAACUUAGUUAUGAAGUGGACAGCAUAGUUCGGUGGUUAACACUGUUGACUCAGUAGAUGGUCCUCAUUUCAAAUGUCCUGUGGACUCUGUGUGUGGAGUUUGCAUGUUCUGUUAUCUUGUAGGUUUUCCUCAAUGUGCUCCAGCUUCCUCCGAACAUCAGGAAUUUUACCUGACUUUCAAAGUUAUCAAACUGUCUUCAGUCAAGAAAUUUUCCUUCGCUGUCAUGGAACUAUAAAUGUUCAAGCCUUUUAUUAUUUAAUAAUUGACCUAAUUGUCCAUGUUGAUUUGAAAGUAAAAGACCUAUCAGUCUGUGCUUAGUGAAGAUGUGAGUAAAAAAUGGUCAUGGCAAAAACUACAAUUUUGGAUUCCCAGAGUUAAAAGAACAAGAUUGAGUGGAAUUUGAAGUCAAAAAUGCUCUGCACAUAGAAAACUCAGCUCCUAGGCUUCAUCCACACUAAUACAUGUUAAUUUUAAAAUGCAUAACUUUUGCUAAGUUGUCUUGAUGCCCAUCUUUCUGAUUGAGUCUUACCAUCAUUAUGGUUGUUCCUUGACUGAUUACAGUCCUGUCACAAACACUUUCUUGAAUAAAACAAAAACCUUGACAGCCAAUAGUUAACUAAGUGUAGAUAAAAUAUUGAUAAUAAUUUAGGCUACAGGUUUCUUACCUUGUUGUCUGUACUAACAGCUGUUGUGCAGUUCAGUAAUACCAUUGAACAUGUGAAUGGUCCUUUUAUAUACCUUUUCAGGUGUGUCAAUAUGCACGGAGACAGAAUCAAAAUUCUGAUCUGUACAGACAACUUUUUCACUUUGUCUUUUUUGAAUGAAAACUUUGUUUCAAAAUUAAAAUUUGUUAGUAUGGAUAUAGCCAUAAAAACUCUAUUUAUAACCCAUGUAGCCAAAAGGACUUGAUUUCAGCUUGGGCAAAUCUGACAUUAGAAUUCCUUUAGCUCUUUUCAAGUUCCUUUUUAAUCACUCACCUGUCAGAGUUUCUGAGCUGCAGAAACAGAAAUUUGAGACUUCUCUGUAUUCUUCUAUUGUAACUUCAGACAUGCUGGGAACAUCAGUAGUUAUAUUUAUAACCAUAUGUUGAACAUGUGAGGUGUUUUGGAUACGCUAUAUAUUUUGCAUCUGGGAGAUGUAUUGGAUUGCCGAAGGAUUUUCAUAUUAGCAGUAAUGUAGCACAUGAUGGAAGUGUGUCCCUUUAUAUGUGAAAGUGCAAUAAAAAUAUUUUGUCCUGACAA